UUUCCAGGAAAUCCAAGCUGCCCUCAGUAAUUAGGCCAAUGCCCAACAUGGCUGUUCGUGUAAUGGUGGCGUCCCGUAACUAUGCAGAUUUUGCAUCAGAAGCUACGUUUGACAUUAAGAAAUGUGACAUUCAUCGUUUGGAAGAGGAACCUCCCACUGAGGCUGUUCUAACUCGAGAAGAGGGGCUCCAGUAUAACAGGACUAUGCAGACAAUCCGACGCAUGGAGCUGAAAUCAGAUCAACUGUACAAACAAAAGAUCAUCAGAGGAUUCUGCCACCUCUAUGAUGGGCAGGAAGCAUGCUGUGUGGGUCUGGAGUCUGGUAUCAAUCCCACGGAUCACUUAAUUACUGCCUAUAGAGCACAUGGCUAUACCUACACACGAGGAGUGUCUGUGAAGGAAAUUUUAGCUGAGCUGACUGGUAUGCUCCAGUUUUUUAGUUUGUAUAUUGCAUUUUUUACUGAGAUUUUUCCCUAUUUCCUUGUAUUUCAGGGACAGAUAUUUGAAACCUACAAUAUGGCUGCCUUAUGGAAGCUGCCCUGUAUCUUUAUUUGUGAAAAUAACAGAUACGGCAUGGGGACCUCUGUGGAGAGAGCAGCAGCAAGCACAGACUAUUACAAACGAGGAGACUACAUCCCAGGUCUUCGAGUUGAUGGUAUGGAUGUUCUGUGUGUUCGAGAAGCCACUAAGUUUGCAGCUGAUCACUGCAGAUCUGGAAAGGGUCCAAUUUUAAUGGAGCUUCAGAUUUACCGUUAUCAUGGACACAGCAUGAGCGAUCCUGGUGUAAGUUAUCGUAUCAGAGAGGAAAUUCAGGAAGUAAGAAGUAAAAGUGAUCCGAUCACCCUUCUCAAGGACAGAAUGUUAAACAACAACCUGUCUAAUGUGGAGGAAUUAUAG